CCGGGUCUUUGUUGCUUAAGAUCUCUCCCACACUAUAUUUCUUUCUUAAAAGAAUUCAAAAUUGUGAUCGAAAUGGGAGACAAAGUCAGGCAAUAUAGAAGGAAAUAUAGCUCCUUUCUAGAAGUUACAAGAACUAUCGGAGGUAUCUUCGAAGUCAUUGAGAUCAUAUUUGACUUCGCCAUUGGGAUCUAUUCUUCAUACAUGUUCAAGCGAGUUCUUACGAAGUAUCUCAACCAAGCUAGUCAUGAUGUGGAGCAGAUUGAGGGAGUGCUUUAGGAGGGUAACCAAGAAGAUUAUAAGAUAAAAGAACAAUCGAGCAGAUU